UCGGGGCGGAGCCCGGCCCACGUGCCCUCCUCUGAGCGGGGGCUCCAGCUCUGCCCCCUCCCCGGGCGGGGUCGUGCCUCGCCCCUACCCGGUGCCCCUGCGCCGUCCUCCCAGCCCCCACCCCAACCCGCAGCCAGGCCGAGGAGCCGGCCGGCUAGCGGGGGCUGAGUGACCUCCGUGUGCUCCCGAGCCCCGGCUGUGCCGGGCGGGCGCUGUGGAAAAAGGCUAAUAUUCUGGAAUCUAUCAACAAGAGUGUCGUAUGCAAGUCAUGGGAGAUUUGGGUGCAGUUUGUCAUCUCCUUCCUCUUCCCCUAAUUGGCUCCACCAGGCAUCAUGAGGUUUCUUAGUGACUUUCUCACACCUUUUGAUGCCUCCAAAGAAGAAAUGCAUCCGCCAGGCCCGCAAGGCACAACUGCAGUUCCUUGAAACUCCAAGAGAGGGGCCUACACAUCACUAUGGAUCUCCACUGCCUUUGGCUGAGAACCCAAGACAUGUUUCUACCAAACCUCUAGACCAGAAUGCCUCCAUCUCAUGGGUGUCUCCACAGUUUGAAAGCACUGUGUCAACAGGCUUCAAGAGAUGUCAGAAGCAGCGCCAUGUUGCCCACAGCUUCCAGAGCCGGGAUGAUAGUCGUGGUUUCCUCCAUGUGGGAGGAGUGUGUCGGAAACAAACAGUCUGCAAAUUUCCUCCUUUAAUGUUUGAGGCUCCACAGGCACACCCCUAUGCUUCAGCAACAGAGUACUCAGACUCUUGUGGUAACCCAGGUAACUGUGCAAAGACAUGCCAUAUCCAGCCAAAGAGGGGCGCUGCAGCAAAGCCCAGUACCUCAGUGGGCAAGCCUAAGAGCUGUAGAAAAGGGGCCUCUUGGUUUCCUAACCAGGAUGCUGAGACAGAUGUCUUCAGUCCACCAGAUCUACAGACUCCAGAGCUGCCCUCUAUGAGAAGCUAUGGAUGCAGUGGUACUUUGCCACAGAUGAACACCCUCUCCCCGAAUCCACAUAGUGUUUUUGAUCUCUGUGCUGAUACCACUGAGAGCCUUGAACCAACAUCUGUACUGGUCAAGGAUACCCCAGAGCAUGAGUACGGAGUGAAGGUAACAUGGAGAAAACGGUCUCACCUGAUGAGAUACCUGAGGGAGAGGGGGAUGCUGAGCCCAAGUGACAUCCUAGUGAAGACUGUAAGUGCUGAUCCCAGUCAGUGCUGAUCCCUUUGUAAAAGGACACGCUGCCUUUGAGUUGAGGGGCACAGUAACUGAAAUCCCUCUUUGCUGGCUCCAAAAGCAAUGGGCAUUGCUAAGCCUAGUUGGGAGAUCAGUGACAGGCUAAAGAGAAGAACCAGGACUUAUAGUGUAAACUAAGACGGCUUGGGGCUGCAGAGAGAUGCUUCCCCGCCCGGCACCCGAGUGCUGUCUAGCCUGGCGGAAAAUCAGUCUGCACUGGAUGGUGAUGGGCGGGGGCGGGGCUGAGAGGUUCUAUACCGACCCCCGGACGUGUCCUUCCCAGCCGGCCCGCUCUCCUCCCCGCCUGGGCCCCGCUCUCUUUGUAGGGCGGGGAUGCGCUUUUCGCACCCUGCUCCAGCCGGGGUGAGCGAGCGGCCCACGCUGGCGUCUCUGUGUCCGGCCCUGUUAGCCCCUCCCCGCCUCGUCGGAGCCUCCGCGGCACAGCGGCCCCCGGCACGAGCCAAGGGGGUGGUCCCUCAGCCACCUUGCAACAGGCACGCGCGGGUUCUGCCCCACCCCUUCCAGGCACCAGCCAAUGAACGCUCCGGGUGUUGCGCCUUCGGCCAAUGGCGCGGCGCCUCAGUGCAGGGUGCGGUUGCUAAGGGCAGCGGCGGCGGCCGGGGCUAAACGCGAGCGGCCAGGAUCCCAUGGCAACGGCGGGGGUGAGGAUGGAGAGCGCGGGGGACCGGGCCGGGCCCCGCGGGGGCAGGUGAGACCCGGGGCGGGAGGUGCGCGGGUGGAGCGGCUCGGGGGUCACCGGGGGGCCGCCCCGGGGCCGACGGGGUUUCGCGGGGCUGGUGCCUGGGCUCUCGCUCCCCGUUGGUACCGAGUGAGGCGCCCCGGGCUCGUGUGUCGUGGAUGCCGCUGACGGCCCCGGCCAGCAGCACCUGGACAUCCCCUCCCUCCCCCCAACACUACCAGACGCUGCAAUCGCAACCCCAUUAAAUGUUCCCCUUCCCCCCUUGCUUGUGUGGAAAACCUACCUAGUCAGGCUGGGCAAUGGCCUCUCCCGGCGGGCAGGGCCACUGGCUGUACAGAGCGCGGUGCGGGGCACCAAAUAAACUCAUUGCACACGG